CGUGGUUGGUUCGUGGACCUUCCACAAAACACGUUUAGCCAGCGGUGUCCCUGUCUGUUGUUAGUUGUUUCCAAGGUAACGAGGCAUUUGUAAAGGGGCAACCUAGUGCCCCCCCCCCAAAAAAAGACUUGUUUCAAAGAAAGCCAUUAACAGUGGAAAGUAUGGACUAAAAGACGAAUAGAGGACCACCAGCGAAGCACAUUGAAUCAGCUCCAGUUGUGUCACAUCUGUAACGUUACCACAAAAUCGGACCAGGAGUGUUGAUUUUUGGGAUUGCUCUCUUCCAAAAUGUGAAUCCAAACUGGAUGGCCCAGGUCAGACCUCAGGGUUUCAUCGCAAUGAGGAUAUGAAGGCCAUUGAUGUGCUUCCCAUCCUCAAGGAAAAGGUCGCCUUUCUCUCAGGUGGCAGAGACAGACGCGGAGGUCCUGUUCUCACCUUUCCAGCACGGAGCAACCAUGACAGAAUACGACCCGAAGACCUGCGCAGGCUCAUAGCCUACCUGGCUACUAUUCCCAGUGAGGAGGUGGCCAGACAUGGCUUCACAGUCAUUGUGGACAUGCGUGGUUCUAAGUGGGACAGCAUCAAACCUCUGCUGAAGAUCCUCCAGGACUCUUUCCCUUCUUGUAUCCACGUCGCACUCAUCAUCAAGCCAGAUAACUUCUGGCAGAAGCAGAGGACCAACUUCGGCAGCUCCAAGUUUGAAUUUGAGACGGUAAUGGUCUCCUUAGAGGGUUUAUCCAAGAUUGUGGACCCAUCCCAGCUGACAGCUGACUUUGAGGGCAGCUUAGAGUACAACCACGAUGACUGGAUUGAGGUGCGGCUGUCAUUUGAGACCUUUGCCAGUGACGCAGCGCGGGCACUGGCACGCCUCGAGGAACUCCAGGACACCUUGUCCCAGCGUGAUCUCCCGCGGGACCUGGAGGGGGCUCGGAGGCUCAUGGAAGAACAUGCAGCACUGAAGAAAAGGGCCACUAAGGCCUCGGUAGAGGAGCUAGAUUCACAGGGACGAAGGCUGCUACAACGGCUACAGUCACAAACUGCAGGAGGUGGAGGUAGCAGUGAUAGUGGGUACGUUAACCGCACUGGUGGAGCUAGUGGAGAUUCCAACGACCAUCAUCACGGGUUCCAUACACAUGCGGACGCACACAACCUAGUAGCUAAAGUGACGGGUUUGUUGGACAAGCUGCACGGGACUCGCCAAAAUCUCCAACAGCUGUGGCACAUGAGGAAGCUGAAGCUGGACCAGUGUUUCCAGCUGCGUCUGUUCGAACAGGACGCAGAGAAGAUGUUCGACUGGAUCAUGCACAACAAGGGGCUUUUUCUCACCAGUUAUACAGAGAUUGGAGGGAACCACCAACACGCUGUCGAGCUGCAGACCCAGCACAACCACUUUGCUAUGAACUGCAUGAAUGUGUAUGUGAACAUCAAUCGCAUCAUGUCAGUAGGGAACCGGCUCCUGGAGUCAGGCCACUACGCCUCUCAGCAGAUCCAGCAGAUCUCAGGACAGCUGGAGCAGGAGUGGAAGGCCUUUGCUGCAGCACUGGAUGAACGUAGCACCCUGCUGGAGAUGUCUGCCAGCUUCCACCAGAAAGCAGACCAGUACAUGAGUAAAGUGGAGCCGUGGUGUAAAGCAUGCGGUGAAGGAGAGCUGCCCUCUGAACUCCAGGAUCUGGAAGACACAAUCCACCAUCAUCAGGGUCUAUAUGAGCACAUCACCACCGCAUACUCCGAGGUAAGCCAGGAUGGGAAGUCUCUUUUGGACAAACUGCAGCGGCCUUUGACCCCAGGAAGUGCUGAUUCAUUGAUGGCGUCGGCUAACUACUCCAAGGCUGUGCACCAUGUCUUAGACAUCAUCCAUGAGGUGCUGCAUCACCAGAGGCAGCUGGAAAACAUCUGGCAGCAUCGCAAAGUCCGCCUGCACCAACGGCUGCAGCUGUGCGUCUUUCAGCAGGAUGUACAGCAAGUGCUUGACUGGAUAGAAAACCAUGGCGAGGCCUUCCUCAGUAAACACACGGGUGUUGGGAAGUCUUUGCACAGAGCCAGGGCUCUGCAGAAGAGACAUGAAGAUUUUGAAGAGGUUGCACAGAACACCUACACCAAUGCUGACAAGUUGCUAGAAGCAGCAGAGCAGCUGGCACAGACCGGGGAGUGUGACCCAGAGGAAAUUUACCAGGCUGCCCACCAGCUAGAAGAUCGCAUCCAGGACUUUGUGCGACGUGUCGAGCAGCGCAAAGUCCUGCUGGACAUGUCUGUUGCCUUCCACACACACGUCAAAGAGCUUUGGACGUGGUUGGAGGAGCUUCAGAAGGAACUGCUGGAUGAUGUGUAUGCGGAGUCGGUGGAAGCAGUGCAGGACCUGAUCAAGCGUUUCGGCCAGCAGCAGCAGACCACCCUACAGGCUACUGUCAAUGUCAUCAAGGAGGGAGAGGACCUCAUACAACAGCUCAGAGACUCGGCCAUCUCGAGCAACAAGACUCCCCACAACAGCUCCAUGGCCCACAUUGAGAGCGUGCUGCAGCAGUUGGACGAGGCCCAGGGCCAGAUGGAGGAGCUGUUCCAGGAAAGGAAGAUCAAACUGGAGCUCUUCCUUCAGCUCCGCAUCUUUGAGAGGGACGCCAUCGACAUCAUCUCAGACCUGGAGUCAUGGAACGAGGAACUGUCCCAGCAGAUGAGUGACUUUGACACAGAGGACCUGACCCUGGCUGAGCAGAGGCUACAACAUCAUGCAGACAAGGCGCUUACUAUGAAUAACCUCACCUUUGACGUCAUCCACCAGGGACAAGAGUUGCUGCAGUAUGUCACUGAGGUCCAGGCUUCUGGUGUGGAGCUGUUAUGCGACAGGGACGUGGACAUGGCCACGCGGGUUCAGGACCUGCUGGAGUUUCUCCAUGAGAAGCAGCAGGAGUUGGACCUGGCGGCAGAGCAGCACAGGAGACACCUGGAGCAGUGUGUCCAACUAAGGCAUCUACAGGCUGAAGUCAAACAGGUGCUGGGCUGGAUCCGUAAUGGUGAGUCCAUGCUGAACGCUGGUCUGAUCACAGCCAGUUCGUUACAAGAAGCCGAACAGCUGCAGAAGGAACAUGAACAAUUCCAACAUGCAAUAGAGAAAACCCAUCAGAGUGCGCUGCAGGUACAGCAGAAGGCGGAGGCCUUACUCCAGGCAAACCACUACGACAUGGAUAUGAUCAGAGACUGUGCAGAAAAGGUGGCAGACCACUGGCAGCAGCUGAUGCUGAAGAUGGAGGACCGACUUAAGCUGGUUAAUGCUUCUGUAGCCUUCUACAAGACCUCCGAACAGGUGUGCAGUGUGUUAGAAAGCCUGGAGCAAGAGUAUAAGAGAGAAGAAGACUGGUGUGGUGGUGCUGAUAAACUGGGCCCGAACAGUGACUCAGACCACGUCACUCCCAUGGUCAGCAAACAUCUGGAGCAGAAAGAGGCCUUCCUUAAGGCCUGUACAUUAGCCAGGCGUAAUGCUGAUGUCUUCUUGAAGUACCUGCACAGGAACAGUGUCAACAUGCCCGGCAUGUUGUCCCAUGUCAAAGCUCCAGAGACUCAGGUUAAGAAUAUCUUGAAUGAGUUGCUGCAGAGAGAGAACAGAGUGCUCCACUUCUGGACAAUGAGGAAGCGGAGGCUGGACCAGUGCCAGCAAUAUGUGGUAUUUGAACGCAGCGCCAAACAGGCCUUGGAGUGGAUCCAUGACACUGGAGAGUUCUACCUGUCCACACACACAUCCACAGGCUCCAGCAUUCACCACACACAGGAGCUGUUAAAAGAGCACGAAGACUUCCAGAUCACAGCAAAGCAAACCAAAGAGCGGGUAAAGCUGUUGAUCCAGCUGGCGGAUGGUUUUUGUGACAAGGGCCACGCCCAUGCCCUGGAGAUAAAGAAAUGGGUGUCCUCUGUGGACAAGCGCUACAGGGACUUCUCUCUCCGCAUGGACAAAUACCGAACCUGCCUGGAAACAGCGCUCGGCAUUUCUUCAGACUCCAACAAGGCUAGUAAAGAGCUGCAGCUGGACAUCAUCCCAGCCAGUGCCCCAGGGUUAGAGGUCAAGUUGAGGGAUGCUGCCCAUGAGCUCAACGAGGAAAAGAGGAAGUCAGCACGAAGGAAAGAAUUUAUAAUGGCUGAGCUGAUACAAACAGAGAAAGCCUACGUCAGAGACCUACGGGAGUGUAUGGAUACGUACCUGUGGGAGAUGACCAGCGGUGUGGAGGAGAUUCCUCCUGGUAUUGUCAACAAGGAACACAUCAUCUUUGGGAACAUGCAGGAUCUCUACGAGUUUCAUCACAAUAUCUUCCUGAAGGAGCUGGAGAAGUAUGAGCAGCUCCCAGAGGAUGUCGGCCAUUGUUUUGUGACUUGGGCUGAUAAGUUCCAAAUGUAUGUGAACUACUGUAAGAACAAGCCAGACUCCACUCAGCUCAUCCUGGAACAUGCUGGACCCUACUUUGAUGAAAUCCAGCAAAGACAUCGCCUUGCCAACUCUAUCUCCUCUUACCUGAUCAAACCAGUCCAGAGAAUCACUAAAUACCAGCUCCUUCUCAAGGAGUUGUUGACAUGCUGUGAGGAGGGUAAAGGUGAGAUCAAGGACGGUCUUGAGGUGAUGCUCAGUGUCCCCAAGAGAGCCAAUGACGCCAUGCACCUCUCUAUGCUUGAUGGGUUUGAUGGGAACAUUGACUCACAGGGAGAGUUGAUACUACAGGAGUCCUUCCAGGUAUGGGAUCCCAAGACUCUGAUCCGGAAGGGUCGCGACCGACACCUCUUCCUCUUCGAGAUGUCCCUUGUUUUCAGCAAGGAAGUCAAAGACUCCAACGGGCGCAGCAAGUACCUGUACAAGAGCAAGCUCUUUACAUCAGAGCUUGGAGUGACAGAACAUGUGGAGGGAGAUCCUUGUAAGUUUGCCCUGUGGGUGGGCAGGACCCCGACUUCAGACAACAAGAUCGUCCUCAAGGCUUCAAGUAUUGAGAACAAGCAGGACUGGAUCAAACACAUUCGGGAGGUCAUCCAGGAGCGAACUGUCCACUUGCGUGGAGCACUGAAGGAGCCUAUCCACAUCCCAAAAGCCACCACAACCAAACAUAAGGGCAGACGGGACGGAGAGGAGCUGGACAGCCAGGGAGAUGCCAGCAGUCAACCCGAUACCAUCUCCAUCGCCUCACGUACAUCCCAGAACACACUGGACAGUGAUAAGCUGUCCGGUGGCUGUGAGUUAACAGUGGUGAUCCAUGACUUCGUGGCCAGUAACGGGAGCAGCAGUGGGGAGCUGACCGUGCGCCGAGGCCAGACUGUGGAGGUUCUGGAGCGACUCCAUGACAAGCCCGACUGGUGCCUGGUGCGGACCACAGACCGCUCUCCAGCCCAGGAGGGCAUCGUACCCUGCUCCAUGCUCUGUAUCGCUCACUCCAGGUCUUCCAUGGAGAUGGAGGGGCUCUUCAACCAUAAAGGAGUGAUGAAAAUGGGCUUCUCACUGCAGGGGUUGCUGUGGUCAAAAAAAGGAUGUUGCUGAGCAGAAGGAAGACAAGAAAGAGAAAAAAUGUCUAUACUUUGUCAGCUUU